AUGAAAAACCACGAAAAUUCCGAAUCCCUACUAACACCCGAUGAGAUACUCAAUCGUAAGUUUGCCAACAGCAAUGCCAAUCAUUCGGAAUUGGUUAGAGCAGUUCGUGAGUCCUUGAAGGAAUACGAACUCUAUAAACUAAAGCAGAAACGAUCUAGAGUAAAACGAGCCUCGGCAAAACGUGUCUGCUACGAUGAGCUGGGCUGUUUCGAAGACUCGGGGCCGUUUGCCUAUUUGGAAAUGUUGCCAUCACCGCCCCAGGAAAUCAAUACGAAAUUCUUUUUCUAUUCGACAAAAAAUCGUUCGGAACGGCCUCUCAUGGAGUUGCCCUUCCUCAAUAUGACAGAUGCCUUUAAGAACGUGAAGUCGUAUCAUCGAAAGCGUAGCUUGAAUAGCACAGAUUAUCCGGAGAUGGUAACGGAACAGCCAACAACAACGGCUAUGCCGGUUAGGAAGACAACAUCGUUCCAUAAGGUACCCAUUACCCUGGAUGAUUUGGAGGGUUUCGAUGAAAUGUCGGUAAGGGUGAUUGUGCAUGGUUUCGGCUCGGCAUGUCCUCAUGUUUGGAUCUAUGAAAUGAAGACGGCCCUGAUGGCGGUGGAAGACUGUAUUGUCAUCUGUGUGGACUGGGAGAAUGGUGCCACCUUCCCCAAUUAUGUGCGGGCUGCCACAAACACCCGCCUGGUGGGCAAACAAUUGGCCAUGCUCUUGAAGAAUUUACAGGAUUAUAAGGGCCUGAAUUUGGCCAAGACUCACAUCAUUGGAUUUAGUUUGGGUGCCCAUGUUUCGGGCUUUGCUGGCGCCGAAUUACCGGGGUUGGCUCGCAUUACAGGCCUGGAUCCUGCCGGUCCGCUCUUCGAGGCCCAACAUCCCAAGGUCCGCUUGGAUAGCAGUGAUGCGGAAUUUGUCGAUGUAAUUCAUUCGAAUGGAGAAAAUCUAAUUUUGGGUGGUCUUGGCUCCUGGCAGCCUAUGGGUGAUGUUGAUUUCUACCCCAAUGGAGGAAGGGUCCAGACAGGAUGUUCGAAUCUCUUUGUGGGAGCGGUGACUGAUUUUAUUUGGUCUGCCCAAACGGCCGAGGAAGAAGAGGGCCGUUCCCUGUGCAACCAUCGCCGGGCCUAUAAAUUCUUCAUUGAUUCCGUGGCGCCCAGGUGCUUGUUCCCCGCCUUUCCCUGUGCCAGUUAUGAAGACUUUUUAAAGGGCAAAUGUUUCCCCUGUGCCCAGGAUGAUGAAGAUCUAGCCGAAGGUGUACCCCGCUGUGGUAAUAUGGGCUAUUAUGCGGAUCGUUCUUCCGGCCGUGGCCAAUUGUAUCUUUUGACAAGGGAAGAGGAACCAUUCUGUGCCCAUCAAUUCCAGUUGCAAAUAUUCAAUUCCUUUAAUGAUUUGCCAUUGAGAACCAUUGGACGGCUGGAGGCCAUACUGGAGGGUGAAGGUGGUCUCAAUGAAACUUUCCAGAUAUCAGAAAAAGACGAUUCGGAAUUCUUUGCCGGUGACAUAGUCUCAAAAAUAAUCGUGCCUCAUCCAGCUCUGGGCUUUCCAACCACCCUAAGCCUAAACUACAAACACUAUAGCGGCUGGCUCUCCAAGGGUCUACCCCAUUGGGAUAUAGACAAAGUAAUCCUAACCGACAGCUAUGGACGUAGCCAUUCCCUGUGUAAACCCAAUACCAAACUCUCCACAGGCAGUCCGGUGCGCUUGAAGCUACAACCCGGCAAUUGUGAGCUAGACAAUCAAGAUGAAUAUGGAGCGUUUACCUCAAAACCCAUAACCGAAGGACCUGCCGACUCCACUGCCCAGGAAAGUGUACAGGCACCCGAGGCAGAUGCCGAUGCCAUUGAGACCAUUAAGAAGCACAAGAAUUUCCUCAACUUGGGUUCCAGUUUUAAGCUGGGUGAAAAUCAAACUUUCACCCUGGAGGAAAAUGGAGAUUUGCCAUGGCAACCCAUAUUGGAGGGUAACUCCUUGGAUAAGGAACAGGGAGAGACAAGUCGCAGUUUUUCCGAGCAGCCAGAGGAAAUUUUCGAACCCAUACUGAACGAUAGACGUUUGAAUGUCAAUCGAGGUCGUAAUUUAAAUGAUUUCACGGGGGUGGGUGAAAUUAUGGAGCCGGUACUGAAGGCCACCACACCCAGAGUCAAGAAAGGCAAGGAAAUCAUUUUGCCGGAACCCCAACCCAUAACAGAUAGGCCGGAUAAAUUCGAGAUUAUAAAAAUAUCCCCUCUCAACAAACAGGAGAGACCCAAAUCCAAUGCCGAAGAGGAGACAGUGACGGUGCAAUUGUUCCCCUUCCGUUUGGGGGAGUUAUUGCAAAGGGCCGAACGUUAUGCCAGAGAAACAAUUUUACCCUUGAUAUCGGUACAGGCACCACGUUUCUUUGGUUUCAAUGUGGGCCCCGCAAAUCCAGAGGUUGUUAAAUCGGAAACACGUAAACCCCGCUACAUACCACGUUUUGAGGAACGGGCACUUUCUAGCACUGCCCAGAAAAGGAAACGUGCCAACUCAGAGUCACAACGGGAACAGAGAAAUAUAUUCGCCCUCCUCAGGCCGGCAGGGGUUGUGGCCACUCCUCAGGUGGAGCAGAUUGCAGAGGAGUCACAAGACUCCCCAACAUAUUACACAAAUAUAGUAAUGACUGAAUCACGGGCCUUGAAACCGGAAAAUCCCGAUUAUGAGCCAGUUUUUAUAGAUUUACCCACAUACAGGCCACCCAGGGCCCGCACAGCCCGGGCGGCAUUCUUUACAACGUAUCUAAGCAGAUCGAAUUUAAAAAAAAUCAUAGAAGACAGGAAUUUUCCAUUCGAAACUAUGGACGGGACUGCCAGGCAGUUGGAUCCAUAGGAACCAUUACAGAGAUGGGAAAAACCAAGAGAAUUAUAUGUGAUAUACCUAGAACAAAAAGGGGACAUUUUAAUGGAAACUGAGUUGUCCAGGGGGACUGGGGGGUUAAGAGGGGUAUAGCAUUGAUAUUAAAAAACACCAAAGUGGGAUAUCGAUUUUAUAAAAAACUUUGGUUUUAUCUAACUUGAAACUCCCAGACCUGGUUCCACCAACGGACAACAAUAUUUUGUAAACCGAUCAAACCGUGUUAUAUUUUUAAAUUUUUUAAAUAUUUUUUUUUCUAAUUUUACCCUUGGAAUAAUUUUAAACAUACCUAGCCCUUAAGUAUUUAUUUAUGUAAACCUUGUGUAUAUAUGUUUCUUUUUUUAAUAAAUGAAUUUUGUAUAUAAGUAUAUACAUAAAUAUAUAGUAACACAA